AGCAGAAAAAUCCAUUCAAUUUUAAAGUGACAAAAACAAAAGUUAUAAACUGUAUCAAUAUAUUCACUGUGACUAUUGAGUGUGAAAAAUACUUAAAGAUAACUGUAUUGAUCUUAAAAUUAUAAUCGCGACCUUGGAUAGUGCCUUUAAUUUAUUGCAAACCAGCCAAUUGAAAAGUACUAGUGACCAUAUUAAAUUAUCGUGACCUUGACCAUUGCUUUCCUGCAUAAAACUAGUCGAAAAUUAUAGUGAUAAUAACUGUUUUGAUCAAGAUAUUACAAUCGCAACCUUGGCUAGUGCUUUUCUGAAUAACAGCAAAUUGAAAAAUACAGUGAUAAUAGCUGUGUUGAUCGAGGCAUUACAAUCGAGACCUUUGCCAGUGCUUGUAUAACAGCAAUUUGAAAAAUAGUGUUAAUAGCUGUAUUGAUCUAUUACACAAUAUUUCAAUCGCGACCUUGGUCAGUGUUUUUACGGCCUCAAACAUUGAACAUAACAGCAAGUUAAGAAAUACAUUGAUAAUAGCUGUAUUGAUCUAGGUUGUGUCAAGUUGUGUAAAAGUUGGAAGAUAAGAAAUUUGAACUGUGUCAGUGAGUGUAGCUUGUAAUAAUAACUUAUAAUGGAGUUACGCUACCUGUGUCUAACUGUGAUAUUUCUAUUAUUUAUUAAUAUAUCCUGCGUUGUGUGUAAAAAUAUUUUAUUACCUGAUGAUGUCAAUGCGUUAAGUUAUCGUGUCUGCACCAAUGAUGAUAUACCCACCAUGCAGACAGAGUGUGAAAAAGAAAAUAAAGCUUUUUCUCGGGCCAACAGAAAUGAUAAUCACACAGAAAUAUGUCGGAUGCUGUAUCAAAUGUGGUUCUGUGUAGCUCAUUCCGUUCCUCAAUGUUUCCAAAACUAUACAUUUUUUUAUCAAUCUUACUUACAUUCGCCUCAUAACUGUAAACCUUCGCCUGAACAACUCUUAAAGUUACAGAGUAUUCGUAAGGAGGCCUUGGAUCGUAUUGAGGUCGUUACCAUAGAGACAUCUACAAUACCAACAGAUGAUUGGACAGAUAGUGGUCAUGUGACUGAUAAAAGUGAUCAAGUGACUGUGAAAAUGGAUGAAGAGGGGGAGGGGGGAAGUGAGGGGUCAAAACAAGGAGGACAUUCCAGCCAUACAGGAAAAAAUACAGCUAGGUCUAUAGGAAUUAUGAGGAAAGAAUUGGCCUACAUAUUUCAGAUCACCCUCAGUGAUAUUCAAAGUAACAACCACGAUAUCAAUCAGAUAGCAUUCAUAGGAACUCAGAUGAGAUUGAGGUACUUAUUUGAGUAUGAACAAAGUUUUAGUGGUGUUUUUGGUUUCCAUAGUAACAAUAUUAGAAUUAUUCAAUCCAAACCACUGAUAAUGGACAAAUAUUGA